GUCUAGAACUCUCCAUCUCUCCCUCUUUCUCUCAAAGACACACUACCUCAAAAACAAGUUCUAUCUGAGCCUUUUGUUCCUUUGUAAUUCACUCUCAACCGCAAGAGAUCUCUACAAAUAACAAAGUCAUGUCGGUACUACUUCCUUUGUGCCUGAUUAUCUCCAUGAUUGCCUAUUCAAAUGCGGCGUACUGUGUGUGCAAAGACGGGAACGAGCAAGUGCUUCAGAAGGCAAUAGACUAUGCAUGUGGAGCAGGAGCUGACUGUACUCAGAUCCAGCAAAACGGAGCCUGUUACCAGCCUAACACCGUCAAAGCCCACUGUGACGUCGCCGUCAACAGUUACUACCAAAAGAAAGCUUCCUCCGGCGCCACCUGUGACUUCAACGGCGCGGCCAUCAUCUCUACCUCCCCUCCCUCAACGGCGUCAAGCUGUUUGACUGGUUCCAGCUCUAGUGGGACCCCGUCCACUGGGACACCAACGACAGGGACCCCAAGCACUGGGACACCAACCAGUGGCUUCCCAUCCACAGGUACUCCUUCCACCGGGACUCCCACAACCGGAAUGCCUAACACCGGGACUCCUUCCACUUCCACUGGUAUGCCAACUUCAGGCACGCCCACCAACGGGAUGCCAACUUCAUCUUCAUCUUCUGUGUUCCCGGGCACUACUCUUGGACCGACCGGGAGCGGCGGGCUAGAUCCAAGCGGUGGAGAAAAGAUAUCAGUCCGAACUAACUCGGUGUUCUUGUUACUAGCCGGUGCAGCUAUUGUGCUUGUGGUUUAGAAAACAUCAUCUCAGGACACACGGUCUGGUUGUAAUGGAUGGACUGAGAUUUUGCCAACGGCUUAGAACUGCUACGUCUUUUUUCCACUCUUUAUCUUUUUGUUAUUAGCUAGUAAUUUUGGGAUUUCACCAAGAGCUUUUUUUUUAUUUUUGUAAAUCCGGAGGAUGAGUUGCUCUUUUCUAUUAUAUUUAUCUUUUUUUUCUUU